GGCGAUGGUUUCACAGAAGCAGAGCUCGCAGCUGCCAUCGACCCUCUAAACAGACCAUGGAACCCCGAGCGAGAGUACGAAGAAUCCAGCAUCGGCCAAUUGGUUCCAGGUCCCAGAGCUGUUACUUUCAUGGGUAGAGUUGUACACCUCAACACCUUCUUUGGACACCAUCCAAAACAGCCCAGAGCUGCUGGAUUCCAUUCUAUAAUACUGAAGGAUGAUUCUGCUGCAAUUCUGAUCAAGUUGUACUUCGCCCAAGAUCUGUAUCCUCUCAAGCUGGGCCAGCUUCUCACUUGCUGGACUGCAUUUAUCUCCGACGCGUCGAAGCCCGGUGGGAAAAUCAUCCCUUCUGUCAUCGUUGGAGCCAAUAUGUUUCCUGGACGCGCUACCUCCGAUCACAUCAUGAUCCAUACGAACGAAAGCUCAGAGAGUAUCUGCCGCGCACCUCUCGAAUACCGAAAGACGCAACCGCUUCCUGGACUGAUGACACUUGACAGUUGGAUUAAUGGUGGACACGAUGGCAUUGUCGGUGCGAAGAUACUGGUAUGCGUGCGUAGUAUCGGCGGGAAGAAGGUCAUAGAAAAGAAAGACGGGAGCAAAAGUGAACUGUCGGACGUGAUGGUGUUUGAUCAUACAGCCUCCGCUAAGUUGACGGUUUGGAAUCGCAUGAUUGAUGGCAUCGGCGACUGGCAAGCAGGGAAGACGGUCCUGCUGAUAUCAAAUCCUGGGUAUAAGCUGGCGUAUAUAGGCAAUAAGGGAAGCAUUGCAAUCCUGCCUCAAACUUUGGUCGAUGUCAACCCCGACUUUCCUGAUGCAGACUGGCUCAUGAAAUAUGCUGUGGGGUUGACGAAGAAGGAGAGCUUAUGCUUGGAGUUCCCUGAGGACAUCUGGGAUAUCGAAGCUGCAGAAUAUGGAGUUUGUCGGAAUCUGUACACUCUUGCUGAACUUGAUCGAUGGGUCCGUACGGAAGAGCUACCUCAAUUCACCGGUUUCAUCAAUGUCACCAUAAUCGAGAUGUCUCUGGUCAAACUGUACCGUCAGAGAAUGCUCAUGUGUUCGGAGUGUUGUGGAGUACCCGUUUAUUCAAUGUCCAUGACUACUACUUGCGGAAACUGUUCCAAGGUCGUCAAUCUGUACUUAAAUCCGAAGAUCAUGGGCCUUCUCCUCGACGAAACUGGAUGUAUUGCACCUGGCAAGCUUCUCUGGAGCCCACGAGCUUGGGAGAUACUCUUUGGGCGACCGAUCAAGGAGGUUACAGAGAUGACACUUGAGGAGGUUAAGUCGUUUGAGCAGAGAGCCAUGUUCAUGAGGUUACAUCUCGUCUUCGGGUGG